AUCGAAGCUGAUGAAGCCUUCUGGAGGUGGGCGGUGGGGCCCCUCGCUGAUUCCUUGCACGGCAGGCGGCAAAAUACCGGGGGAGAGUGACUUCACCCACUGCCCAUUUCAGCAAAGCUUCGUGCGCUGUGGACCACACCACCGAGCAGAGCUGUGUGUGCUCGACAAAGACGACAUCCGUCGCUUGCAUGGCGUCUGGGAGAAGUACAGGGACGAUCUGACUUGGCCUGUGCAUGACAAAAAGCCGAAGUUCUCCCAAGAGGACUUUGAGACAUUCUACGGCAUUGCGCAACAAGUUGUGGAUGCCAUGGUGGAGGAAUACAAGGUGCCGAUGAUUCUGGAUCAAGCGACCAUAAGCAACACCAACCACAUCGGGCACCCUCCACAUUGCGACAAUGUGGGCUUUGACUCAGUCUGGUGGAAUGGUAGACGCAUACGGGGAGAAGAUGAGCUUCCAGCUGCGCGAGGCGGCGCUUACGUUCUUUGGAGGCCUGAGAAGACGUCAUACAGGAGUUACAGCUGUUCUGUGGCAUUAUCAGAUCCAAAUGGCUACGAAGGAGGCGAACUUCAGUUCUUCGAUACCUGGGGUGCAAGGCAGCCAGUCGCCACCUACAAGUGCGCUGAAGGCUGUGGUGUCGCUUUCUGCGGUUGCCAACGGAACAUCCAUGCAGUGACUGGCGUCAAGCACGGCUUUCGCUUGGUCCUACUCAUUUGGACGCGACCUCCCGGUGUGCCCGUGCAAGAGGCUCAGGCCCACGUUUGCUACUUCCGGCCCGGCACCGGCCACGGCUGCUGGCUUCACAGCCUGGAUAUCCAACGUGGGUUAGCGCAGCGCGCGGGUCGUCUAGAGGCCUGGCUCCCUUCACAGGUCGACGAUGGCUGCCUGUGCGACGAUUGCGUGGAGGAGAGGGCAAAAGUGUCCUGGAAGGAUUUCGCCAGUUUCUGGGUUCAGAAGUCCUUCUAUGACGACGAUACGCCACAGCAGAGCCGUACGGAGGAUUGCCUCCACCAAGUCAGCGAAGCGUCAGCGGAGAAGUCCAACAAGGCCACUCCGAGCACCAGUGCAGGCAGCAGCCCUCGCAGCCCAGUCACGCCGGACUCGGUGGGAGCCCAGGGAAGAGACACGGAAGAUGCCACUGCGGUCUCGGACUUCAGCCGGCACUGCCCAUACCAGCAGCCUCACAGAUGGUGCAGAGUCCAUGAGCGCCGAGAGCUCACGGACGUCGUCGACCAAGAUGACAUCAGGACCCUCCAGCGGAUUUGGAAGAGGCACCAGGACGACCUGACGCGGCCCUUCUACCGAAAGAAGCCGACGUAUUCGGCAGAGGAGUUUGAUGACUUCAGCCGCAUCGCGCAGAAGGUGGUGAAUGCCAUGUCCGAAGAAUUCGGACAGGCCCUGGUCCUGGACCAAGCGUCGGUGAGCAGCACCAACCGCCGAGGCCAUCCGCCUCAUGCGGACAACGUGCAGUUUGACUCAGUCUGGUGGCAAGGCCGGCAGCUCAAGCAGAGCGACGAGGUGGAGGCCGCCCGUGGCGGCGCCCCGGUGCUUUGGAAAGCAUCCAAGACGGGCUACAGGAACUACAGCGCCUCCAUCUCACUGACAAACCCCGAGGACUAUGGCGGCGGAAACCUCGAGUUCUUUGGCUCCUGGGGUGCUACAUCGCCUGAGGCUUGCAUGCGGCCACCUGCAGGAAGCGGCGUCGCAUUUUGCGGGUGCCAGAACAACAUCCACGCGGUUUCUGGAGUGACCCGGGGUUUCAGGCUCGUCCUGGUGGUGUGGACACGACAUCCGGAUGCCUGUGUUCCGGAAGAGCAGACACACCUUUGCUAUUUUCGGCCGGGCACUGGCCUAAGUAUUUGGUUGACUUCUGCAGAUCUGCAGAACUACCCGAAGCGCAGGCGAAAAAAUGUUGGCUGUGGUCCACAUCGGUAUGGGGACGACGAGGUGCUUGAGCUGAAUGCGACGACACCGAGCGCCGAAUGCAAAGAGUUUGCAGAGAACUCCUCGUCCCUGGAUUGGUCGCUAGUUAACUGA